AUGUCAUUCACAGCUGCACAAGCCACAGUUGGUGCUAAGAGUUGCAACAACAUCCACAACAACAUCAACAACGGCCACAACAAGGACAACUACAGCAACAACAUCAACAACAGCAGCAGCAGCAGCAGCAGCAGCAGCAACAACAACUGUGCCAACGACAACACCGACAACAACGACGGCAACGACGACAAGGACGACAAGGACAACAAUAACAACAACAGCAGCAACAGCAGCAGCAGCAGCAGCAGCAGCAGCAACAUCAACAGCAGCAAGAGCACCAACGGCACGAAUGGCAACGACGACGACAAGAACGACAAGGACGACAAGGGCAACUACGACGGCAACGACGACGACGACGACAACGACAACAAUAGCAACAGCAAGAACAACAAUAACAUCCACAACAACACCAACAACAUCCACAACAACAUCAACAACGGCCACAACAACCACAACUACAGCAACAACAUCAACAACAGCAGCAGCAGCAGCAGCAACAACAACUGUGCCAACGACAACACCGACAACAACGACACGAAUGGCAACGACGACGACAAGAACGACAAGGACGACAAGGGCAACUACGACGGAAACGACGACGACGACGACAACGACAACAAUAGCAACAGCAAGAACAACAAUAACAUCCACAACAACACCAACAACAUCCACAACAACAUCAACAACGACCACAACAACCACAACUACAGCAACAACAUCAACAACAGCAGCAGCAGCAGCAGCAGCAGCAGCAGCAACAACAACUGUGCCAACGACAACACCGACAACAACGACGGCAACGACGACAAGGACGACAAGGACAACAAUAACAACAACAGCAGCAACAGCAGCAGCAGCAACAUCAACAGCAGCAAGAGCACCAACGGCACUGACGGCAACGACGACGACAAGAACGACAAGGACGACAAGGGCGACUACGACGGCAACGACGACGACGACGACAACGACGACGACGACAAGCACUCUUCCAGACGCACCGUGCUCUGA